AUUAUGCAUGUUGUAACAGAACUUGGCAGCACUGAUGGCAAAAUGAAAUAAUUCAGUGUAUUUCAUAGUCAUAUGUUUUCUGUCAUGAAAGAGUUGCUGUCAAAUUUCGUGAACACUUUGUGAGCAAAAACAGCAAACGUGUCUUCGCCACGAAAUAAUUCACGAUCUCACUAGUACGUUAUGCUACGUGUACAUCUGCAUUUACGUUGCUAAGUUCCGAGGGAAACGUAACCUAUCUCUUCCAAGUUCUUCUCGCUUACCACGCAAAGUAACACUUUGAACGUGAUAUUGAAUCGAUAUAACACGUUUUGAAAAUUUUCGUAAAGUCUACGCCUUCUGAUUGUGAACGUAAACCAUGCUAUCUCUGUGAGUUCCUUGUUAAGUAGCUUCAACGAAAGAUUUCGUAGUUAACGAGGAGAGGUCUCCCUUUGUUGUGUAAGGGAACGUGCGUUUCAAAACGGGUAGAAAGGUUAAGAGCGAGCGAUCAAUCGGUAUAAAUUCAGAGGAAUUUACAAGACAUUCGUCUCGCAAAAUGAACAGGAUAACGAAUAGUGCAACAGCGAGACUGAAACAGGACUACUUGCGUCUUAAAAAGGAUCCCAUACCUUACGUCGUCGCAGAGCCAGUACCUUCGAAUAUAUUAGAAUGGCACUAUGUUGUAAAGGGUCCAGAGAAAACUCCAUACGAGGGUGGAUUUUAUCAUGGGAAGCUUAUAUUUCCAAUAGAAUUUCCAUUCCAACCUCCUAGCAUUUACAUGACUACUCCAAAUGGCAGAUUUAAAGUCAACACAAGAUUGUGCUUGUCCAUUUCUGACUUCCACCCUGAUACAUGGAAUCCAGCGUGGAGCGUGUCUACGAUUCUAACAGGAUUACUUAGUUUUAUGAUUGAAAAUAGCCCUACCAUGGGUAGCAUCAACACAUCCGAUUACGAGAAGAAACAAUUUGCUGCACAGAGCUUGGAGUACAACCUGAAAGAUAAAAUGUUCUGUGAACUUUUUCCAGAAACUGUCGAGACGAUAAAGGCAGAAUUGGAACACAGGAAAGAGCUGGAGAAACAAGCAAGGCGUCAGACUACAAAUUCGGAAGUUUCGUCGCUGUUACGUGACCAGCUACAAAGGGAUCAAGGUCCGUUGUAUAGUGUACUCACCAAUUUCAUUGUCAUUAUAGGAUUCGCAGCAUUCGCUUACACAGUAAAAUACGUAUUGUGGAGUGUAGCGACGGAAUAGAAGAGUGAAUGAAAAAGAAAAAAAAAAGAAAAAAAAAAUGAAUGCACACGCAGCAUUCGUUGUUCAAAUAAAGAAAGAAAAUGCUGGAAAAAUGUUGUGAUAACGAUGCGUGUAGAAAGGUAUUAAAAAUCGGGACUGUUUCAUCGAACAAAACUCGUGGAUUCUGCUACUAUGGAAUACUAUUCAACCUCUUGGUUUCCGAGUACACUGAUGAUACACCACACCGGGAGUUUAUUAGAUUUUUAUAUCAGAAUUACUUGUAAAAUACGAGUUGUACUAUAUUCGCAAAUUUUAAACGUGAUAAUCGCAGAACAACCUAUCGGUAACGAUUCCUUGACGUGUUCCACCUAUGAGCGUUUAUCAUCAGACGAAAUACUAAUAAGUUUUUUAUUCAAUUGUAAAAAAAGAAAAAAAAGAAAGAAAGGAUGAGAAACAAAUUGUAACGUUGUUAAUUGACUCGAAUUGACUCGAAUUUCAGAUUAACACCAUCAGCUACAUCGGUCAAGUUUUGUUUUAUGCGAAUUUUCAAAGCGUAGAACUAUAAAUAUUUGAAGAAUUAUGUACACGACGGAGAUGAAAAGGGGGGGGGGAGAGAGAGAGAGAGAGAGAGAGAGAGAGAGAGAGAGAGAGAAAGAGAAUGCGAGAAGUAAAGUAACGAAACAAAAUCGUGGGGGCUUCCCAAUGCUAUCAGCAAAUCGGUGAAGAUUCAAAUUUUGCUACAAAUCUUCUAUUCCUGAUUUCCUUCGUACAUCUACACUGGACUUUUCACACGAUAAAGAAAAAAAAAGAAACUUCCCGAAUGUGUGAAAAAAAGAAAAAAGAAAAAAAAUAGAAGUUUGCCUCUGCGAUGUGCCAAUGAGAAACUAAGUCAAAAUUUCUAACUGAAUCGAACUAAGCUUAGUAGAGAAUAGCUUGUGUUGACAAAACGUGUCUUGUAAAUACGUGUAGUAAUCUAGUAAGACGUGUGUAAUAUCAGUGAAUAACAAACUUUGAGAAAAAAAAAAGAAAUUUAACAGAUCAGUGUCAGUAUUUCUUGUUUAACUGGUUCGAGAGAUAAUCUUAGGGAAAUCUGCUCGAAAUUUGUCGGACCUUUGUGAAUUGCUGGGAACUGAAAAGAAGUGCGAAUCUGAUUGAUUGUUUCAAUGAAAUCUUAAAUAUAAAUAUAAGGAUUGACUAUUGACUGAAAAUGUCGCGUAACAAACAAUCUAAUAGCACAGUGUGUCGAUGAAUGGUACGAGGGAACUAUUUGCCUUGUUCUUUUGCCUUCUUUUCAGUUUUCAACAGUAUGUACAUGUUGCGUGUUCUCAGCUUGCUCCGAAGUUUCGUUCGAAUCGGUUGUUAUCGCUUUGUUGAACGUAGUGUUCUUUUUUUUUGUCACUCGUCGCGUUAAAAGAAAAAAAAAAAAAGAAAGAAAGAAAAAAGAAGCAGAAAAGAAACGAAUUGUAACUCUCAGAUUAACACGUCGCGAUUAUACUGUAUCAAUUGAUAACAUGUAUAAAACUGUACUAAUGGAAACAGAACUGACACAUAAUCCGUGGAACGAUAUUUAUGUUAAGGAACUAUCACGUCGGUUUUAUUUAUGAAUUAAAAACAAUGUAAUAAUUUUUCUAC